GUUUUUGUCAUGUCUGCUAGAACUGGAGAUAUAUUAGACUAUGAAGUUAAGUCAUUGGUGUGUCACCAAUGCAGCAAAGCCACUAAGAAACUUGGAAAUGAUACAGAUGAGAUGAAUCAAUGGCAGGAGACACAUAAACCAUUUUGUAACAUAAAUCAUAAGGGAACCUCCGAUGCUAUGGAAUCAUCUGCAGCAGUUGAUAUAUUCUCCAGAUCAAUCGAAAAGAGACAUCUCAAGUAUACCACAUAUAUAGGUGAUGGUGAUUCAAAUUCAUUUGGUAAAGUGAAAGCUGCCAAACAAGACAAGUAUGGAGACAGAUAUCCAAUUGUAAAAGAGGACUGUGUGGGCCACAUACAAAAAAGGAUGGGAACAGCUCUUAGAAGUUACAAGAAAGGGAAGAAAGGAAUGAAACUUUCUGAUGGAAAAACUGUUGGUGGUAAAGCAAGGCUCACAGAUCUUGUAAUUGAUAAAAUUCAAGGGUAUUAUGGAAAGGCAAUCAGGAGCAACAAAAAUAAUUUGGAAGGAAUGCAUAGAGCUGUUUGGGCAAUAUUUUGCCACACUAUUGCCAACUCAAAUGAAAGCCUUGAGCAACAACAUCGUUAUUGUCCCCAAGCCAGCGACACUUGGUGCAAAUUUGUGAAGAUAAAAUUCAUAACAAAAUCAUAUUCUGAAGAAGGCAGACUACCAGAGGUGUUUCAUGAUGAAUUAAAGCCCAUUUUUACAAGACUUUCUUAUAGAGUUCUCCUUCAGAGAUGUCUUGCCGGCAUGACACAAAAUCAGAAUGAGUGUGUCAAUGGACAAGUCUGGGCAAGGUGUCCCAAGACCAGAUUUUGUGGCAAGAGAAGAGUCGUGGUUGCAGUGUGUGAAACAAUUGCUGUUUCAAAUACAGGUGCUGCAUCCAAAGCCAAGCUGUUUGAGAAGUCAAGGGUACACAUUGGAAAAACACAUUUAGAGGGCUCAGAUUUCAAGAUAAAACUAGGCUACAAUCAGCAGCUCAAAAGAUCUCUGAGAAAUACAUCAGAACAAGAAAGAGACAAGCAUCAAAAAAGAAAGGUGACAUGAGUUAUAUAUACCAGGGGGCUUUGGCACUAACCCUGAGCCAGACUUUCCAGUUGCUAAAAAAAGAAAACCAUCCAUAGGAAGCAAGACUUUGGGAAAAAAUCAGAGAAAAGGAAAUACUGGAAAACAUAAAAAAACGCAAGAUGAAGAGUUAUCAGAGGACAGCAUUACAGUGGAACCUAAAAGGGUCAUCCCAUGCCAAUGAGGGACAGUCAUGUAAUGCACCCUCUCAAAUUUUCCUGAUACUCCUAUCAGAUACUUAGCAUUUUGAGAGGAAAAUAACCUGAAAAUUUCAAGUUGAUAUCUUUGCUCAUUCAGAUAUUAUAGUUAUUUUAAUUUUUGCUGAUUCAGCAUAAUAUUAUCCACAUAUCUGCCAUUUUGAAUGUGCAGAGAAAGUAAACUUUGAGAAAUUUUCAUAAAGUAUAUGGAAAUCAUUAAUUAAAAUAUCAUUUUUGGAUAAAUUAGGGGCAAGGAAUUCAAAAAUUGCAACAGAAAUGCACUAAAUCCAUUAGAAAACAGAGUAAAUUAUACCAGAAUAUAAUUUCUUAUACUCGCAAAUCGCUUUUACCAUCCACCAAACUAUGAAAAAAUUCACCAUGUUGGAAGAAUGUGACAAAUUUCAAAUUGUGCAUCCAAGAAGUACACAGGACAGACUUUAAAUUUACAAAGAACCAGCAAAAGGUUUUUCUUGGUUUCUGAGAUAUGCACUUUGCAAAUUUGUGAGAAAUUCGUGAAAAUUUGGUAUUUUUCUCAGUUGUUUAAAGCCAUCUAUAUAGCAAAUACACUGUAUGUUAUUGGAAUUGGUGUUUUACAAAUAGAAUUUAACUAUUAUAAUAUAUGGUGUUUAUAAUUGAAUAAAUCUUUCCCAUCAAUACAACCCAUUUUCAAUGGUUCAAAUUUACUUUUAUACAUGCUUAGGGAGUGCGAAGACCUACAAAAACUUUCAAAAUUUUGAAAAAAAUCCGAAAAUCCGCAAAAAUUCGGCAAUUCCUAAAAUUCAUAUUUCAAGGUAAAAUUUUCUAGGGAUGUAAUUUAUUUCAAAAUUAUUAUCUGCCAAAAGCUAACAUCAUGA